AUGAGUGCUGUCGCUUCUGUUUUUUACGAGCCCGAUGUGAAACGUGACACUGAGGACUCAGAUAAUCUGGUGUAUUGGGAUGGUGAGAAGGAGUCAGCUCAGUCGACGUGCGAUCAAAGUCUCCCCGGAGUCCUUUAUACUGGAAUAUGUUCGUCGCGUUCUAAUUUUUUUGCUGCACCUCCGAGAAAAGGCAUUUUUCUUGAUCUCAUCGAUAGCCUGCUGCACUCUGGUACGGCGUCAUCUGUCUCACAAGCUUCUGACAAUCCUCUUCAAGAUGAAACACCUAUUUCAACGGGUGAAGGGGUGCAACGAUUCUUUACUACGGAGCUGGUGGGCCGCCUAUGCGAUGAAGUUAAGGCCGUCUUGGAGGGGGAAAAAGUGUUGCUAAACAUCCAAGUAGAACAAAACGAAACGCUCGUGGUUGUGGGCGACAUUCAUGGUCAUUUCAACGAUCUUAUCUACCAUAUUUUACCAGAACAGUCAGAUAAAAAGCUGAACUUUGAUGGAUCGGACCGCAAAUUUCUUUUUAUGGGGGAUUUUGUGGAUCGUGGACCGUGUGGGGUGGAGGUGGUAAUGCUGCUGUUUGCACUGAAGGUGGAGUACCCGCAACUUAUUUAUAUGCUCCGUGGGAAUCACGAGGACCCACACAUAUCUUCUAUAUAUGGUUUCUUUAACGAGGUACGCGCGAAAUUUGGCUGUGAUGCCCCCUGGGUAUGUUUUAAUGAAGUAUUCCGUUAUUUGCCUCUUGCCGCCGUGGUCACGACCCCGCGAAUUCGUUUCUUCGCAACUCACGGAGGCCUUUCCCCACCGCUUUUAGAGUCAUUUGACAUCAUAAAGACAAUUGAGCGGUUGGACUACGGCGGUGCUCUUGACAGCGUCCUUAGCGAGGUCGUAGGUGGCCUAUUGUGGUCCGAUCCUACCGAUAUGACGGAGUACUUUGCGCGAAACAUGCGGGGAUGUGGAUACAUGUUUGGCCCACAGGCUAGCCAGAAGUUUUGCCAAAUGAACCAGUUUGACUUUAUCUGCAGAGCUCACCAGGUUGUGUCGGAGGGAUAUGAAUGGUGCCACGACAAUAAGGCACUCACUGUCUUCUCCGUGCCCAAUUACUGCGGAUUUAGCGAAAAUUUAGGGGCUAUUAUGAUAGUGCAAGUCCUUGGAUCUGACGAGGAAAAAGAGGAGCUGCGCUUUAAGCAAUUUAGCUCAGCCGCAGAAGUUGAUGAGUAUUUGCCUUAUUUGGUAAAGACGUGCGGAGAGUUUGUGUUUUCAGCAUUUAUGGACUGA